ACGAUGAAUCCUUGAGGUCUGAUGCUCGAUACAUCACUGACAUUCCGUAUUUUCAAGGCGAUCUCUGGCCCAAUGUCAUUGAAUUUUGUCUACAGUACAUUUCUUCUAAUUUCAAGCGUGCCUUCAAUAAAGUCCGUCAAAUAACGCAAAAUUCCAUGUCAUUGGGCGAUAUACUGAUGAAUCCAAACCUUGGUUUUACUUUCGACGAAGCGGCUCGAAAACUUCUUUACGACACAUUGAAGGAUUAUCGGAAAGACUUCCAUGUUGUCCGCCUCAAUUCUCCAUGCAAUCCUGUGCGUAUUGUCGAUCCUGAUCAACUUAUCUGGGGCCAAUGCUUGCAGAAUAGGGAAAAGUUUGUCAUGGAGGUGAAUAGGAACAAAUUGGAUUUCGCCAUCCUCAGAGAGGCCAAAUUCCUAACAACAUCGAUGCUCUUUGAAUUGCACAAAGAGAACAAUGACAUGAAGUUAUAUUUCUGCCACGUUUGUCAGUCAAUAAUUAGCAGAAGAUGGAAAUGUAACAUAUGUCGCGACUUUUACCUUUGUCCUGACUGUCAUCAAGCUGGAGAACAUCCUCAUUUUAUGCUCGAAUACCAACCAAUGUCUGCUAUUCCCGUAUAUGCUCUUCCCACUUUUCUCGAAGACUUCUGUCAUGCCAGUCAAUGCCAGCGUCCUAGCUGUGAACGCAAGAAUUGUAGACUGACGAAGAUGGCAUACAAUCAUUAUAUUGCUUGCCCACAACACACUACCGACUAUUGUUCCAUGUGUUAUCAAAUCAAUUGUUGCAUUACCUCACACUCUACACACUGUUAUCUAGCAAACUGUCCGAUACCGUUCUGUAAAAACCCUAACCCACGCAUCACUCCUCCAAGUUCAGGUCAAUCCAGUCAGCCUCAAAGUCAAUUCACUCGACCGACCACAAGUGCUACUGCACCACAUUCGAUCUGUGAAGUUUGGCAGCAGCAACAGAACAAGAUACAACUAAAUCAACAUCUCGAAAUAUAA